AUGAACGGAGAGACAAACUUGCAAGCUGAGAUCGAUGGAAACAUUCAGAAUGGAUGGCUGGAGUUUAGAAGACUCUAUGGAGCAUUCUUUUUUGUAAUCCCAGAGUUAUUCGCGCAAACACGGGUAUCCGAUUACUGGCAAAUCAUUCAUUUCUUUGCACCACAACCGAUCCGUCAACAAUUACAGUUUUCCGCACCGACUGUUCCAACUGCAGACCAGGAAUCAUCCAAAGGAAAUUCAUCAUCAAAAGGAAAGGAAAUCCGAAACACAAAGCCAAAAGCUGCAGAUUGGUCCGUUCCGGAGACAAAACAACUACUUCAUGCGUGGGCUCCUCGCUUUGAAAGAUUGAAAGGAGCCUACAACAAAGUACGCACAGCGAUUUGGAACGAGAUUUACGAAAACUUCAAGAGCAGUUGGGAUGAGAGUGAUCGUACGUUGUUACAAGUCAAGGAGAGACAGCAAAAUCUGGAAUACGAAUUUAAGCAGCUAAAGGUCAAAGCAAUUAAAACUGGCGAAGAGGGCCUGAAUAAAAUCAAGGAAGGCUUUCCUUAUUAUAGCAUUUUUGACCAAACUAUGGGUUAUCGUGACCGCGUAGAUUCCGCCAAGAUGGAAAUUGAAGGUUCUUCUUUCAUGCCAAGUGCGUCCAAUGCUGACAGUACUCCAUAAAUCAUUUCUUCCGGGGCAAAGGAAAGGGAGGAAAGCUAGUGCUGCAGGUGCUGCAAGAUCGGAAAACGAGGACUGGGCUUCAACAAGUGCUGGCGUGAAACUUGGCUGCAGAGAAGUGCGUGUUAAGGAAUCACGGAAGAGGAAACGAGGAAAAAGUGACGAGACUAAUGGCACAGACGACUUGAGUGCAUUCAAAGAAGUGUGGGAGAAAAGUCUUCAACAAGAAAAUGAAAGGAUUGAAAAGUCAAUGAAAAUGUUCCAAGAAAAGAAGUAUGCAAACAGCGUCUCUUUUAUCCCGAUUUAAAGAUUUAAUGAAGGAUUUGAUGAAGGAAUAGAGCCAGUAAACAUUUGCU